GCAGAGAUAUCUGAGAGAGGAACAAACUACAAUUCUGCUUGGGAGAUUAUACAACAAAUGAACCUCGGUGUGAUUUACAUGGCUGUGUUUGGGUGUGUAUUGGUCAGCAGUGUAUCAGAGACGGAACAGAAAAUCAUAAUAUUAACUCCGUCUAGGGCAGAGGCUCAUCUCACAGAACGAGUGGAGAAAGAUACACAGCAGUUAAACUACACCAUAUUGUUACCUUCAGGAUACCAGACUGCUCUGAUAAAUAGUUCAGAUCCAGAUGUAUCUGUAACAGAGGAUGGGCACAUUGAGAUAAAGUCCCCCCGUCCUGGGACACAACAUCUGACUGUAGCUGUACAGGACCUACAGAACUCUACAGACCUCAACAUCACCACACGCUGUCCUACGUUAUACACAGACAUUUAUCUCCAUCUCACACAGAAGAAAUCUACAGGGUUAUGUGGAGAUCCACCUGCUCUGAAGAAACCAAUAGACUACAUCUCUCUGACGCCAGGCAAACUUUUUCACAUGAAGCUGGAUCCUGAAUAUUUCUAUGAUGCAGAGGAUGGAGACACAAGACAGCUAACUGUUACCAUGACAACAGGCUAUGGUAUUCCAUUACCUAGCAACCAUUGGAUACAAUUUGAUACUGAUGAUCAGGUGAUUUAUGGCUUAGUCCUGAAUGAAUCUGCUGUGAGAAAUGAAGUAUUACUGGUGGUAGCAGAGGAUUCUUGUGGACAGUCUUCCCAUGAUGCAGUUGGAGUUGAGAUAUCUAGGAAAUUAAAUGAAAUGUACACCAUUACCAAGCAUGGAUUUGUGGUGGAUUUUUCAGAUGACCCUAUUUGUCCAGUAAAGGAUCUGAGAAACUUGUAUGUUUUUGUAGAGGAACUUAAAAAUUGGUUCAACAUCAGCAGAGAAAUAUUUAUUACUAAAAGAGAAAAUUGUUCACUUGUUUUGUUAAUGACAGAGGAGAGUGAAACAAUAGAUAUCAUUUCUGCUGAAGAAAGCAAAAUUUUAGAUGAGAAAGGAGAACUUACCAGAGAAUUUUCAUGCUUCUUUCUGCCAGGGUUCAGGAUUACAAAAUUUGAACAUUUCACACAAAACCAUUCACUAGUGGAAGAAACCACAAAUAUUCCAUUCAUUCGAUUUAAAUCAGACAUCAACCUUUGGUUUGAGAUUGUGCUCCCUGUUAUAAUCCUACUAUCCAUCCUUAUUGUGAUGAUCGUCAUUGUGUAUGUCUGUUGUACAAAGAGGAGGAAGCAGUACCUACUCCACUCAGACAAGCCCAUGUUCCUGGAGGAGAGGAGACCCGUCAUUUUUCAGACUGAGGUCCCUGUGGAGGACCCCUCUCUUUGUCCCAGGAACCCCACCAUUUUGUCACGUGAUGACGAGCUGCCUUCAUCUGAAGUGGACCUGAUCGAUCAAAGGUCACUUCCCUCCACCCCCGACUACAACCCUCUCACUACAAUACCACCUCCUGUUUAUAGGGUACCCCCUCCCUACACCAAUAAUCAUCAGUACUGGUAACGCUAGGUCAAUAACAAAGUCAACGCCUGCUUUUAGGGUCUGGUAGUGCUUAUUUGAUAUCCAGUCAUUUCAUGCCUAUAUGGUACCUCCUCUGUACACCAAUGAUCACCAGUAAUGGUGACAAUAAGACAACAACCAACCUUGAAUUUAUUUUUUAAAAUGCCAUUGUUAAAUUUGGUGAUUUAUUAAGCAGAACUUUUGUCAUUUACAAGCUCUGUUGAUAAGUUAUGCUAGGAGGGAAAACCUAGAGAAUCUGGUAGCUUCACUUUAUGUGAAGUGUGGAUAUUUGGAAUAUAUUAAAUAAUGUGAUGAUAUUUCAUGGCGAUGAUGAAUACUAGUAUUGAGUGACUAUGCAUCUCCCAUGAUUGGAUAUUUAAAAUUUGCAUAGAAUAUGUCAUCAAAAUAUACAGUGAAGCCUGUAUACUUUCUAGCUGCUUCACUGGCAAUGUUUAAUUGAAAUUUAUUCUUCUUUUCUAUCGUGUCACACUUUUUAAAUACAUGUACUAGGCAUCAUUAUUCAAUUUUAUUGCUGAUAAAUAAUAGAGCUAGGUAUUGGCCAAAGAUUUCAAAUUGCAAUCUAUAUAUAUAUUAUGUGAUAAUUUAACUGUAUUUUGUUAUGUAUAACUUUAAUAUAAUACACACAGAAUGUACAACACUGUGAUUUUAAUACAUCUAUGCUCUGAAAUACAUUACACCCAUUAAACAGUGUUGUAUUAUACCAUGUAUA